AUGGCUCCUUCAGCGACUACCGAUGCUCCCACGCAGGGAUACAAGCCAAAGCACAUCGAAGACCGCCUCUUUAUCAAUGGAGAGUUCGUUCCUUCCAAGUCAGGGAAGAAGUUCGAUAUCAUCAAUCCGAACAACGAGAAGUUUGCGGCUUCAGUCUAUGAAGCUGGCGCCGAGGAUGUUGACGAAGCGGUCAAGGCGGCCAAGGCGGCAUUCCCUGCCUGGUCGGCCCUUUCUGCCACUGAGAGACAAGGAUAUCUCGAAAAGUUGGCCGAUGCCAUCGAGAAGAACCUAGAGGAAAUCGGUUACCUAGAGGCCAUCAGCAUGGGCAAGCCCUACAUUGGUGACUUCUUCGGCCACGUCGGUGUUCAGAUUCUGAGAUACUUGGCCGGUAAAGCCCUUGAUGUCCAAGGCGACUCGUCCCUGAACACCAAGGACAUGGUCAACAUCACUUUCCGUCAACCUUUUGGUGUCUGCGGCGGAAUUAUCCCCUGGAACGUCCCUCUCCUCAUGCUCAUCAACAAAGUCGGUCCUGCUCUGGCUACCGGCAACACUUUGGUCCUCAAGUCCUCGGAGAAAUCACCCCUCUCUUCGCUCGUCAUCGGCAGACUCUGCCAGGAAAUCGGUCUGCCCAAGGGUGUCUUGAACAUUCUCAGCGGCUAUGGAAGACCUUGCGGUGAGGCCAUUGCCAAGCACAUGGACAUUCGAAAGGUUUCCUUCACCGGUUCAGUCAUCGCUGGACGAGCAGUCAAGAAAGCUGCCGCCGAGUCCAACCUGAAGAACGUCACGCUAGAGCUGGGAGGAAAGAGCCCGCUGAUCAUCUUCGACGAUGCUGACCUGGCAAAGGCUGUUCCCGCCUCGGCUUUCUCCAUCCUCGCCAACUCAGGCCAGGCCUGCAUCGCCAGCUCCAGGGUAUACGUGCAUGCCAAUAUUGCCGAUAAAUUCAUGGAAGGCAUGAAAACCGCCAUGGUCCAGAUGGGCGUGUCUGGCGAUGCCACGGUCGCUGGCACCCGACGAGGACCUCAGGCUGACAAGAUCCAAUUUGACCGCGUGAUGGGCUACCUCAACUAUGCAAAGGAGCAAGGUCUCGAUAUCCCCAUUGGCGGUGGCCGGGAAGGCGCAACCGGCUACUUCAUCGAGCCCACCAUCAUUGCCAACGCCCCUGAAGACUCCAAGGUCAUGAAGGAAGAGAUCUUUGGACCUGUCGUGUGCAUCAACACUUUCACCGACGAAGAGGAGGUGCUGAAGCGCGCCAACGACACCGAAUACGGACUGUACGCAAGUGUUUUCACCAAGGAUAUCUCGCGUGCUCUGCGUGUGGCAAAGGCUCUCGAGGCUGGGUCGGUGGGUGUCAACUGCACGAGCCCGACAAUGGCCAUUGACAUGCCGUUUGGUGGCUUCAAGCAGAGCGGUGACGGCCGCGAACUGAGCAAGUAUGCGACGGAUUAUUGGACCGAGCUGAAGUCUGUCUUCAUCUCCCUGUAA